AUGGAACAAAAACUUGCACGCACAUCCAAGCGAAUUAAGCACCUCGAAACAGACCUGAAGAAGGCCAACACCAAUGUAGAUGAAACUCUGAAAGAGCGCAAGUGCCUUGAAAACAUUGUGCAGUGGACAAAAGAUGAUGUGGAGGAGGAAGAUGAAGAAGAAGACGAGAUAGCAUCGCUACACUCCAAGUUACUGGAGAAAGAGGACGAAAUAGCAAAACUGAGAAAACAAAAACGAAUUUACAGAAUUGCAUUUGUCAUCGUAGUCAUAAUUCUUGCCUGUCUUGUUCUGUCCCGUGUUCCCAUCACCUGCUCUCAUCUCUUUGGUGGCCACACUGAGCUCUAG